AUGUUCGCCCAAACGUUUGACCAUCCGUUCAAUGACGAUAUUUUCAGUCAGUACGUCAACAUGGAUCCUACAAGUGCCGAUGGAAACAAAGACGUUUCAUUCCCCGGGGACUUUGAUCAAAUCUUUGCACUGGACUCAUUGUCGAGCGAUUGUGGCGACCUGUCGCCCACCAUCUCCGCCUCCAAGCGGACCCAGAAGUCACCGCAACCCUGGGGUAGAGACCUUUGGUCUGUUCCGCAAGACGUCAGUUCCUCGUCUUCAGGCCAAGCCCCCCUUGCUUUUCAAGACACCAUCCACCCCUCGGCUGUUGCGGAUCUCAACGUCAAUCUCGAGGAAUCCGCGCCAAACCCCCCUGUCAAAACCCGCUCGCCGUCUACUCCCCCGGCCACUCCUCAGCGCAAAGCCAAAAGCGCCUUAGUCACUCCCAAGUCAACCGGGCAUCGUCGGGACACUAAUGAACGCCGCGGUCUCUUGCGCAAACAGAGCUUCUCCCCCAGUUUGACUCGCUCCUCGCAAGCCCAGAAAGGCAGAAUGGCGUACUCGGAGGCUUGGGCCCAGCGAUUCCAGAACUUCAGCCUGGGUAGUUCUGAUGAUCGUCUGCCUUUGUCCCCACCGCCCUCCGAUAUACUGGUGCAGCACGAGCAUAUGCCUGCCGACAACACUGCCCAGAUGCCACAUCCUGGGGAUUCUUCCGACAUGCCCAAUCCAUUUGAUUCGGCCUUAUUCACUCAGUCCCCCGCGAUUUCGAUGCCCUCUCCAUCUGCCAAUGCGCUGGCACGACAGCAGCAGCGGUAUUUAAGCCAGUCGAACAAUUCCGCCAUGGCCACCUCCAGUCCCCCUUCGGCGGACGACAUCUUUUCCUCUCCACAUUCCUCGGACCCUCAGUCCAUAUCCUCGUGGCAUUCCGACUCCCUCGGAACCUCUGCGCUCCCAUUCACCCCCGAUUUGCAAAGCCACGAUGCGCAAGCAUGGUGGUCUCCUAUGAAUUCACGGGUUGCCCAGCGACAGCCUUCAUACCCACAAAUGGUCGCGUCCCCGACCCCACAGAGACCGAUCCAGACCCCCAACAAUCAGCAUGACAUGCUGCAAGGGGGUCUCAUGAUCCAGCUAGACCCUUCGUCGUUCGAGAUGCCCGGCGCGCCAAACCCGUCAUUUGCUGCCCCUCAGAUGCCACCCGUUCCAAGCGCCCCGGAAAACCAGUCCUAUACCCAUGCCCCCACGACUCCACAGAAAUUUGUGGACUCCUCCUUCGCACCUCACAUGCACACUUCGUCCUCCCGGUCUCCAUCGCUGUCCCCGACCGCAACUGGAUCACCCAAGGGCAUACGCAACGCCAACAUUAGAACCCCUCCACGCGGCCGCUAUCAACAACGAAAGAUGUCCUCUCAACAGAUGAGCGCCCCUAGACCGGCCAAGGGCUCGGGAGGAAGCCCCAAAGGAGCCGGUAAAUCGGUGACGGUGUCUUUUGUGAACUUCACCCCCGACGACAAGAAGAGAAUCCUCACAGGAGUUGCUCCCAGCGGCAGCUCGAAAACGAAAGCCCGCCGCGAGCAAGAAGCUCGUGAUAAACGACGCAGGAUGAACGAGGCUGCUUUGAACGCAGUCCGGAAAGCCGGCGGCGACGUCGAGGCUUUAGAAGCUGUUUUUGGCUGAGAAUCAGCAUGGCAUAUCAUACACAUAUAAUAUCGUCGUAUUUGAUUUUUCGUUUUGUUUUGUCUGUUAUUUUGUCGAUUUCAUAUACCUCUUCGUUUUUUGGCAACGGUCGUUCGGGUGCUUGCUCGAGAAAGG